UUGCAGAGUAUUUCCGGUUUAAAAAAAAAAUUCAUUGCAUACCCCCAAGCGCCCAUCAAAACUAUUUUCAACCACAAUUUUUUUUUCUCACAUGGCAACAUUGCUUACGUCAGCGUGACACCCAUUACCAACCUACAGAAAAUAAAAACACAACAUCCAAACAUCACAAAAAAUUCUAAAAUUAAACCAUUCAUCUUUGUAUGCCGUAGUGCCGUUUUGUGUUGUGUUGAAUAAGAAAAUCAAAAGCAAAUCUAAAAAAAUACUAUUUUUGUUUUGCUUUUUAUUGUUCCAACAAUAACUAUACACAUUUAUUCAUAUUUUAUGAAUUAAAAUAAAAUAACUUGCAAAAUGAAUAUCGAAUUAGAACAUGGAUUUAAGAAAGGCGCCACCAACAAUCUGCCCUCAGUCACAAGCCAAAUGAUUUUCAAUUUUAUUACAGAAUCAAGCAAAUCUGGCCGACGAGUUGAUUCAGCUAGAGGCAAAAACAAUGCCGAAUACAAAAUUGAUUUCGUGCAAGUAAAAAAGGCACCCGACUUCGUGGAGUCGUAUGCCGUCGCUUUCGCCAGUCCAGAAGCCGCUUUAAGUGGCGAGAAAUUCAAUGUUUCGGUAAAAGUACAAGAUAACGAGGAAAUCAAAGAAGCUGGUUGUAUUCAAUGCUCUGCUACAAAGUCAACAGAUGUCUGCCAACAUGUCAUUGCUUUCAUAUUCUGGCUACAUCGUCACACUGAAUCCGAUUCCCAUGGCCACAAGACAUUUUGGGGCUCCGAAUUCGAAACAGUCCCCGAACAUCCAAUUGCCCUGCGAGUUCAUGAUAUCUUUGCUGCCGAUGAUCUCCGAAUGGAAGCCGAAGAGGCUGCUGACGAUGUCAACGAAGAGGAAGGUCAAAUCUUUCUCAAUAACAUUCUCGAUGAGAUGGAAAAGGGUGGUCUAACCGACUCAGGGCUUUACAAACAUUGUCGUCCAGUAAUUGACGAAUUCGAGCCAGUUUACAUUCAUCACACGAUGUUGGACACUGCCAAGAAUUAUAUCAAAGAUUUCAAGAGUUUCAUGGUUCACAUGGACGAAGUGGCCAAACAGGGACUCUUUGAUAAGCUCUCGGAUAUAUCGAUUUACAGUUAUAAAACGCCUUUGUGGGCAGAAACUCAAUUCUGUCGAAUUCGUUGUUCUUUAAUUCAUCGAGUGGCAACUCGAAAAGAUUCCAAAGAAGAUCAGGAAAUCUUGGAAGCUGUCUUUUGUAAAGAACGAGAAUAUAAUGUUGAAGAGCGACGCCAGCUGAAGCAACACAAAAGAUUCAUAUUGAAGCAGACUGAAAAGUUAGAGAAUAAGACUUAUCGAGAGUGUGGACUACUUUUGAAUGAGAGCUAUCCGUAUAUUUGUGCUGCUCCAGAUGGCAUUACAGAUGAUCAUAUUGUUGAAAUCAAAGCGCCUAAGACGGAUGAAGAAUUUGAAAAGUAUUUGGAAUGUAAAGAGACAAUUGCACCAAAGUACAUGGCACAGAUUCAGAUUCAAAUGUAUAUGGCAAAUGUAACAAAGGCUUUGUAUUGUGUGCUGAGUCCGACUUUUGAUACAAAUGGAGCUUUACAUUAUGUUUGGGUGCAAGCUGAUAUGGAAUUUGUUGCAAGUUUGCUGAGUGCUGCGGAGGAUUAUUUCAAAGAAGUUGUUUUUCCGCGAUUAAUUAAGAUUUAUAUUGAUUGUAAUUGAAGUAAUAAAAUUUAUUUUCUUUUCCUUUUUUUCAACCACCCCAAAAACACAUAUUUU